AUGCCUUUUCAUGACGAUGAGGAUGACGAUGUGAUGGAUAUUUCAUCAUCUUCCCGAAGUCAAUCAUCCUCCUCACAGCAGAAAAAGACGGUCGUAUAUGAUGCCUCUCGAUUAUUAGCAAAACCUUCCGUAACUGCCUCCUCAUCGGGAGGAGCAUCAUCCGCCAGCGGCAGUAAUACUCUCUCCUCACAACCACCAAGGCUUCAAUCCAUACUUCCCCCGAGAAAUAUUGAUAAACCAACACAACAUUAUAAAACGAGUUCAACGAGUAUGAAUUUUACACCUAAUUUUAAACCCAAACCGAUCAAAACGGAAGACUCCUCGAAAGAUGAUAUUAAUUUGGAUGUUUUUAUGGGACAAGCCGCUAAUCAAACUGGAAAACGAAAACCAACCUAUAACAAACCAAGUACUAAAGCUAUCAUGAACAAGGCUACUACUUUCAAUUUGGUCACGGGAAUCACACCGAGUGCAAGUUUUUCAUCGGGAUUUGGUGGUAUGGAUAUUGGUGGUUUUGAUGCUGUACAUACAUCAACAAGUGGAAUGAAUUUAACAGCAAGCGGUUUUGAGACUCCAAAAGAGGGCGAGGAUGAUGAUGCCAUGAUGGAACGAGAAUUGAAUAGGAGGAAAAAUUUAUUUAAAGGAAUUAAACAACCUCCAACUGUUUUACCAUUCAAUGAGGAGGCCUUUCUGAGGGCAGAGGCACAACGAGCCCAAUCAGUUGAGAGAUAUGCUAUUGAGGAUUCGAUCGAUGAACUUCAACAAAGUCUAUUUAGGAGUAAUGGAGAGGCACUAAUGUCUGAAGAUCAAUUAUUCUUCAUUCAACUUCCUUCUAAAAUCCCAUACAUGGAUGCAGCUGAAAGAAAACGUCAACAAGCUCAGGAAAAGAAGGCUGUAUCGACAAGUGUCGACGAUGCCGAAAAUAUUUGGACACAACCCUUUGAAAAUACUCUUGCUAAAGUGCCAAGUGGCCUCGUUGGAGAAAUGGUAAUUUACAAGAGUGGAAAAGUGAAAUUGAAACUAGGAGAUGUUCUGUUAGAUGUAUUUCCAGGCAGUGAAUUUAGUUUUCCUGAACAUGUUGCCUGUAUAGAUAUUGCAGAUAAAGAUAAGCAAGGUAAUUGCCACAUUCUUGGAAAUAUUGCAAAAAGAUUUUCAUGUGUACCUGACGUGGAUUAUUUAUUGAGCCGAGAAGAAACAACCAAACCUUAA